AUGGUCAGAAAGGCUUUCUCAUCGGUUUAUGGAUACAUAAAAAAGUAUAUAAAAGGAACGCAGUUCAAUGAAUUGGUCGAUGCUCAUGGCAAAAUAGCGAUUGUAACUGGCGCAUCAUCGGGUAUUGGCAAACAAAUAGCGAAAUUACUGAAUCUUCGUGGUGCCAAAGUCUAUCUGCUAUGCCGGAAUCCACAAAAGGCACUUGAGGCAAUUGAAAAUCUGGCUGAGAGUGGCUGUGAGCGUUCUCGACUUGUUCUUGCGAAUGCUGAUCUGGCAUCGUUUGAGAGCAUCAGGAAAUUCGUCGAUUCAUUUCUCAAAGAUGAAACCCAUUUGGACAUUCUCGUCAAUAAUGCCGGUGUUAUGGCUUUGCCAGUUUUUCAACGUACUUCUGAUGGCUUUGAAACAACAUGGCAGUGCAAUUACUUAGGACACUUUUUACUGACUGAUUUGUUGAUCGGUUCAUUGCGAGCAUCUGGCCAUGGUCGCAUUGUGAACGUUUCAAGUUUCAUGCAUCAUCGUGCUGAUUCCGUUGAUGAGCACGUCGUGAACAAUCCUCAGCACUAUCAACGUAUCCUCACUUAUAAUCGCUCGAAACUGGCUAACUGGCUGAAAUUUUUGAAACUGAGCGAAGUCAACAAAUGGUUCGGUGUAAAAACUCGUAGCGCGAAUGAAAUGCUCAAUGCGAAUGAAAUGAUAUAG